UGGCGCCGGGCAGCUCCUGUAGGCCUCUCCUCACACUCACACUCCACGUCUGAGAGGAACAUCAGGUGCCCAGGAGCUACAGGUCUCACCACUACUCCUUGGCUUCGGGUUCUUCCGCUGCCCAACAACAGUUUGUAUAAAAAGGUUCUUCUCUUUGAGCAGCUUUUGCUUGAAUGAUUUGAAAUAUUGAUAAUGGAGCUGAAUGAACUGAAAAGUAAAAGUUCACCAAGCUUCAGUCAAUCUCUACAAAGUGAGCAUGCAUUACUGAAUAGUCAAGAAAUAAAAAGAGACGUGCAUGAAUCGAAACCAACGGUAAUUGAUCCAAAUUCUGCAGCUAGAAUUAUUCAGACUUCAUGGUUUUCUUACAGAAAUAAACAGUUAUUUCGCCUACUCAAGCACACAAUUUGUGCCGCAGAACACUGUCUGACAAAUGACAUUCUAAGGAAGCUGCAACCCUCUGAGGCUGAACUCCUAAAGGAUACUAAGAUGGCAUAUAAAGUUAGAUUCAGAUUUGCUGGAGAGGAAUUUCCUCCUAUCCUUGUGUUUAAAAUUUUUCAACAUACUGGAAACUACAAGAAUCAAUAUUUAAGUGGAAAAAGAAUAAUCAGGCCUGCAACUGAGGCAGCAGUUGCUUCUUGCAAGAUUAUGGGAAGAAGAAAAUUUUAUGAUCUUAUCAUUCAGGAUAACCUUCAGUAUCAAAGAACCAACGUAGCAGAUGAAGUUGAUAUUGUUACAGCCAAGGAUUACAUGCAGUAUGCAAGCAAUCUGGAUGAGACACCAGCCUAUCUUGGAGGCAGAGAUAACUACUGGAGGAUGCUGACUCUGACAAACCUGCCCAGAACAACAAUCAUGUAUGACAUUGUAGACUAUGCGCACAGCAGAAUUUUAUCACAACGUUUGAAGGUGGAAUUGCCAAUUCUGCUCUCCAAGCCAGUUACUGAAAAUAUUCAGCUUCAACAUAUUAGAACCAUCUCUCAAAUCAGGCCACCUUCUCCAGCCUCGUACACCACUCCGCAGCGGUCUUCAAGAUCAUCAAAAGGAGGAAGGGAGUCACAACGUCGUUCUUAUAAAGCAAGAGUGAAAGUUUCCAAAAUGAGAAAGAUGUAUGGUUUGGAUAAAAGCAACGAGGAAGAACCAGAUAAACCAACUCACCGUAGUCCUGCACAGGAUGACUUUCAGAUUGUUACAAACUCUGAAGAAAAAGAUCAAAUUACAUAUUUAACUUCAGAGGAAGAAUGGGAGCACGAAGUUGAUAAAAUCUAUGCUUGGACACAGAAACUCUCGCUUGAUGCAUGUGGGACACCAUUCCCCAACUGAAACAAGACCAUGUAUUAGAAGGGCAGAUCAAAUGUAACAGACAUUCAUUUAUGCCCUGUCAAAAAAUGUGCUUGCUGUUGCCUUUAACUUUGACCGACACCAUGUGCAAAUUACAUUGUGUGCCUUUACUUUGAUAUAAAAUUGAUCUUUAAUAUAAA